AUGGAACGCGGGCUGCGCGCGCCGCUCCAUCGACCCGAUAUGUGUUAUCGCCAGUGUAAGACCAACCUCCAGGCGGGUUGGCCGCAUGCCUUUAUGGGCGAGCUUCAAUACCCCGGCGCGCCAAGCGUCGUAGAGGACGAGAGGCAGUAUCGGGCCCCCUUCAGGCGCGCCCCACAGUACAGAUGGCCCGCGCCGCAGCCCCCACAGCCGUCGGCCUUCGCCCCGUGGCGUAGGGCGCCCGCUCCUCCGCGCCCACCGGACUACAGACGGAGCGCCUCUUACCCAGGGAAGCCCGACGAGCCUUACCAGGAACGAAGCGGGCUGGACAGUAUGCGGUCGUUGGAGCACUACCUUACUGACAUUAUGAGGGCCGAUACGUCAGAUCACAUGAAAGGCAAGUCGCCGUUCUUUCCCGGCGUGGAGGAGGCGGCGGUGGCGGGCGGCGCCGCCGGCGCGGGCUCGCCGGCGGGGCCCGACCAGGCUCAGGAUGUCGUCUCGAGGCUCAGCGCUGCCGGUGAGUUGAGAUAUUGA